AUGGGACUUGUUGCAGAGACAAAGAGGGCGAUGAAAAAUUCCCCUCGGGAAAUUUUCAACGCCUAUGUCUUCUUUUGCACGUGGUGCUUUGCUCUCUCAGGAGUGGCAAAGGGGUUUGAUGAAGGGAAUAUCGCUUCGCUCGUGGUCCAGGACAGAUUCAAACACGACUUUGGCAUCUACAUCCAAUCACAGAAACAAUAUGCAGACACAAAGGGUUGGAUUGUAUCCAUUGCUACCGCUGGUGCUGUAUUUGGCUGUCUGGGGUGCACCUACUUCAAUGACCGUUUCGGCCGUAGAUGGACACUUCGCGGUGGGACGGUAGUCUACAUUGCCGGAAUUCUCGGUCAGGGGCUCUGCGCCGGCAGUCUCGGCGGAUUGUACGCAUCGAGGUUCAUCUCAGGAAUAGGAAUUGGAGUUACAACGGUGGUGCCACCCAUGUACAUAUCCGAGAUUGCCCCAAAAGCAAUCCGAGGGCUUCUUACUCUGCAGUAUGCCGCCUGCCAACAGCUUGGCGUGGUCCUGGGUUUCUUCAUCAACUACGGUGUGACCAAGACAUACGCAGGCGUGCGGGCGCAGUGGAUGCUCCCCACACUCCUCCAACUCCUGCCAGCCGCUCUGUGGGGCAUUGGUACCUUUUGCGUUCCCGAAUCUCCAAGAUGGCUCCUUUCCAAGUGCAGACGUAGCGAAGCAUCCAGAAAUCUCAGCAAGCUACGUCAUCUUCCCGAGGAUCAUCCCGUCAUCGAGGCCGAACUCGCUGGGAUGGAUGCCCAGCUGGAACACGAGGUGGAGGCUGUGGCAGGAGCUUCGCAGAAAGACUUCGUCGUGGAGACAUUUGUGCCGAUAGAGAACCGACGCCGCUUCUUCCUCAUUUUCCUGGCAACGCUUUUCUCUCAAUGGUCUGGCGCAAAUGCCAUCACGCAGUAUUCCCCCACAAUCUUUGGUUACUUGGGAGUCACAGGGACCGAGUCUCAAUUCCUGGCCACGGGAAUAUAUGGCAUCGUCAAAUUCACGUCAUGCUUGGCUUUUGCUAUCUUCAUCGUGGAUUUCCUUGGUCGUCGUCGGUCAUUGAUGACGGGGAUUAUCCUGCAGAUCUUGACACUGGCGUUUGUGGGUUGCUAUCUGGGCAUCACAGGAAGCAUGUCAACCGCAGAGGUGGAGGCCUCGUCGGCUGCAUCUCAUGCCGGAACCGCUGCCAUCGUCGCCAUCUACCUUCAUGCUAUUGCCUGGAGCAUUGGUUGGUUCUCCAUGCCGUACUUGAUCGGCUCUGAGAUUUUCCCCACGCGGAUUCGGUCUUUCAACGUCUCACUAUCAAUGGCGUUUCACUGGGCCUUUUACUUUGGCAGUUCAAAGGCCAUGCCUAGCCUAUUGGCUGCAACACACAGAUGGGGAGCAUUUGUUUUCUUCGGCGGCAUCUGCAGCAUUUCGUUGGUCUACGUGUUCUUCGCUAUGCCGGACACCACGGGACGAUCUCUUGAAUCCCUGGACGAUCUGUUCAGAAGGCCUUGGUACACAGUAUACAAGGUUGCUUAUCCUACCCCCAACGACAUGACUAUCGAAGGAAGUGACAAUAAGGCGUUGGAUGAUAAGCAGGACAUAAUCAUGGAGGACGAGAAGAAUGGAAGCGUUUCACAGGUUGAGGAUGUCAGACAGGUUUAA